AUAUGUAUCAUUUAUUCGAGGUUUUUUUUCCCAUAUAAAAACCAUAACAUUCUGGUUGGUUGGCAAGUCAUUUUUCUUCGAUUAAACAUUUUUUUUUUUUACAAUUCAUUUCAAACAAACAAAAAUGGUCAAGUUUCAAAUUUUCAUAUUAUUCGUCCUGAUGAUGAUGAUGAUGAUGUUGGUAACAACGAAUGGUCAAUAUACAAAAUCAAAAAAUUGUUCCAUCAAUAAUUUUGAUCAAAGUUUUGCCCGUGCAUAUGGCCAUUUUGGUAUCGAUAAACUUCGAUUACCAACUACGGCUACAGAAUUGAAAAAAUAUUGUAAAGAUAUUUCGGCAAACAAAAUUUAUUCAAAAGAUUUUGGUGAACGUUGUCUGAUUGGUACAUCACAAACAUUAUUAAAUCUACAGGUUUAUAAUGUUGAUCGUGUUAAUAAACCAUAUUGUGCUAAAAAUGGAAAGAAAAAGGAUGCAUUCAUUCGUUGGUCAAAAUGUGGUAAUGCAGCGAAAAAAGAGACAAAAAAAUGUUGGAAUAUAAUGAAUGAAGGUAUGCAUCAAGCACGUAAAGUGGAGAAUACUAAAUCACGUAUACCGAUUGUUUGCUGUAAAUAUUAUGCAUGGAUCAAAUGUAAUGCAGCAUCAUGGCGUAAAAUAAAAGAAUGUGAUAAAGAAUCCAUACAAGGCUAUGAAGAUCUUAUUCAUCGAUCAACUGUUGAUUCAAUGAAUCUUAUCUGUAAUCGUUUUGAAGAUGAUGAAUCAAAAUGUGCUCAUUAUUAUGAAGAAAUGCCCAAAACAAAAGCUAAAAAUGUUCGUGAUGUAGCCAUUACUUAUAUUUUCGAUAUAUUUGAAUCAUUAUAAAUAACGUAUAAUCAUAUUUGUAAUGGCCAAACAGAAUAUAUUUGUCAAUCGAACAAUAACAACUUUGAAAAAUAAAUAAAUAAAUAACAAAUGUAAUUCCUUUA